ACUCAGUUUUUCAGUCGGUUUGGUAGUAAAGUAUUUGUUAACUCACUAAACUAGCCCCUCCGGCUUCCCUGCUCUUCCCCCGGCGAAGUCGAGCUAUAGCAGCCAAGGACACAGAGAACAUAGUGAUACUCCCUGAGAGAUAAAAAUGUUGUUUUUCUCAUAUUUCAAGGAUCUGGUGGGAAGAGAAGUGACUGUGGAACUGAAGAACGAUUUGGCUAUCCGAGGAACACUACAUUCAGUUGAUCAGUAUCUAAACAUUAAGCUUGAAAACACGAGGGUUGUUGAUGAGGACAAAUACCCCCACAUGAGGUCGGUGAGGAACUGCUUCAUCAGAGGAUCGGUGGUGAGAUACGUGCAGUUGCCUCCAGAUGGAGUUGACAUAGAAUUGCUUCAUGAUGCUACGAGGAGAGAAGCUCGUGGUGGCUGAAAUCUAGAGUUCAAAAUUGAUCCAUUCACAUUUCUGCGGAUAAGUCUGCAGAAUUCUGAUUUUUCUUACUGUUUAUUGUAAUUCUAGAUGCAUUUUGCACGUAGUGGUUUUCUUCAUCAUCUUAAAAUUUAGUAUGCAGAUGUUAUGAAUACUGCAAUCUGUGAUGUGAGCUGUUGAUAUGAAUGUUGUCCCUAAGACAUUUCUGUCUUUUGACAAAAUUAAGAAUGUUAAAAACUUACAGUGUCUAAGACCUUUCCAAAUUGCCACCACUUUUGGGAAAUUUUACCUACCAAAUUGUAAGGUUUGCUAUUGUAAUA